AUGGACACCCAGCAAGACCAUGGCCUACACCAUCAAUCUCAAACGACGGACUUUACAAGAUUCUCCCAGCUUGAAGCAGACCGCCAGAAGGAAUUGGUUCACAAGAAAUUGCAAGACAAAAUUCCAGGCCACAUGUUCGAUGUGGAGAGCAAAGGGGACCCUGUCUAUCAAUUUGAAAACACCAUUCUAGAUGAAGAUGACUUCAAGGCCAAGUGGGCGGCCUAUCAGAGUCUCAGCGAUCAGCCACAAGACCCCGUUGCCGCUGACGAUUUUCCACUCGACACGGAGACCCAGCAAGAUCUGGUCAAAAAGCUGGUUCAAGCGAUGUUGAGCCUGGACGCUGCCAGAGACAAGCGUACGAAGAAACCAAUCAAUCGCAUAAAGAAACUAAGCCUCUGGGAAUUGGAGCUGAUGGCGUGGGCUGUCCUCUACGAGAUUAGGGACAUCCAGCAUGGCACAUUUUCUAUGCCCCUCUGGGGGAAGGUCUGGCCUCCCCAGAAAUGCCCCACCUUCAUGGAUCGGUACAGGAAAGUGGAGGAGGCUUUACGCAUGCGCAAGACAAAUGUGUCCAGCCUUUUCGACAACUCGUUUCGGAAGCGCAUCUGCCUUAAUCCGGCUGCAGAGUGUGGACUGAAGAAGUUCAACCACAACCUCAAUAAGAAGAAGCAAUACGAGCGGAACUUCGUGAAGAUGGCCCUGAGGAGUCAGGGGGCGGGGCAACUUGCAACAAGAAGUAACAACUUUUCCCACUCGCAGAAGAAGAAAGCGGUCGCAGAGAUCAGAUCUCUGUACGAUAACGACCCGCAAUUGCGAGAGAUGUUGAACAGCCUACCUGGCAAUCAACAAGCAGAUGAAAGCUUGAUAUUCCCAGUCGAUAACAACGUCGACGAAGAGGAAUGGAACGCAGAGCAAAGAUCUCUGAACGAUAACCAAAGGCAAGAGGUAUUGAACAGCCUAGGCGACAAUCAGCAUGCAGUAGGCAACGACCAGGAGUGGGUCGAAUUCUUGGACCCCUCAGUCGAAACAAGCAAGUGGCCGGAGCCUUCAGCGAUCCAGGCGACAACCAAUGAGGCGAACUCUUGA